AUGGGCAAACGAGAACUGGCGCAAAUCAUCGCCGCGCAAGAGUGGCACGACCCCACGAAGUGGGUCAGCAAGAAGAACAAACGAGAGGAAAACGCAGCGGACGAGAAGAAGACGCGAAAGACGAACGUUUCUUCGGGUUCCGUAAAAAAGGUCAGGAAAAGUACGGAAACAACGAGAAAGACGAACACAUCAUCGUCGGCGAACGAGAAGACGAAAGAUAAAAAAGAAGAAUCGCAAUAUUCAAAGUCGUCGAAACUUUCGACGAGAGAAACAACCACCGCUGUCGUCGCGAGCGCGCGGAGUAAAAGCGUCACGCCGGCGAGCGAAGAGGAGAAAAAAAAACUCGACGACGAUGAUGAUGAUCCCAGGAGGACGUUUGACCUCUUGGGAAAUGUUGGGGCUGCUGCCACUGGGAAAAAAAGAGGGACUUUGACGAGCGCGGAGGAAAAGUUGGCGAAGAGGAAAGACAUUGAUGAAGAAGAAAAAGAAGAAGAAAAAGAUGCUGGUAGUAAAGAACCGGAAACGACUCUGAGAACGCGCGUGAAAGUGAAAGAAGAAGAAGGGUCUCCUCCUCCUCCUUUUCCUCUACGCGCGAGCGCGAAGAAGGCCCCGAUCGUUGAAAAGGAAAAAGGAGAGAACGGCGUGUCUCAUUCACCACCAAAACCAACGAAGGUUCUUGACGACGAAGAAAAAAUUAAAGAAGAUCCGAUGGUGGUAGCCGGGUUGAAAGAAACGAUCGUCGCGGUAAAAAAAGUUUCGCCACCGACGCUGCCGACGCUCGUUGAUCACGUGAAAGCGUUGGAAGAAGGGCGGGAAGAACUGCCAAUUCUGAAACCAAUUCUGCCGGUGUGUUUUUAUUGUAAGACAAAUUCGCAUGGUGUAGAAACAAAUGGAAUGUCGUCGCUGGUAGAGUGCGGUAGGUUUGCCGAGGAUGUCAACACGAAACCGAUGUACGCAAUCACGUCGAGAUUUGCGGAAGGGACGAAAGAACGGUUGGCGGUGGAGCACGCUUUGGUGCAUGAGUUGAGUUCAUUCGGCAAGACGAAAUCGAAAGAGGAAAAGUUCGCGCAUGGCACGGUGACUGGAGCCGAGGAAUACGAAAUGGAACAAAAACGUACUCGUCCCUCGUCUCAUACCCCCACUAGCGUGGUUAUUCAAGACGUCGCCGAAAAAGUUGCCGAAAAAAAACAGCACCGAAAGAAGCCAGCUGCGGAAAAAAAGCAAUCGUACACGGCAAAACUCCAAGAGUUCAAAAGAAUUCGUCAGGUGAAUCAAGAUAACGAAGAUUUGGGACUAUUCGACGCCGCGGCGACGUUGAGUUCCUUCUCGAUCGGAAUGAAGACGGUAAGUGGGAACAAAUCGAGCGGAUCCGGUGGUAGCAUUAAAAAAAUGAAGAACCCUUCAACUCCGAGCGCGGCUGACGAUAACAACGCGGCCGUCGCGGAGGAAGGGAAAAUAGAAUACACUAAAACAGGAAGAAUAAAGAAAGCAAAGAAGAAGUAUAAAAAAAGCCUCGUGGGUAUUUUGGACCCCGCGUCCGAACGCAAGAGAAAGUACAAAGAAGGCGUAGAAAACUUUUUGAAGUUGGCGACUAUCCGAGCGCACAUGAAAGAACCGGAUGAUCCAAAUUUCCUUCAUCGCCCGGCGAGUUUACGAACGAGAGUCGAGCCGGAUGCUUUGACGUUAUUCAGCGGAGGCAAAUGGCGCUUAGUGCAAGGCGAUGACAUGGCGCAGGCAAACGAAGCGAUGCAAGAGGAGAGCGCGAGGCAGCCGCCAGAAGAGAACCUUAGCUACGAAGAGGCGUUGCAGAGAUCUCAAGCAGAAAAGGAAGCGAAAGUGUUGGCAACACAGAAAGGUCACGAAGAAGACAAAAAGGAGGACGACGAAAAAUCAAACCCGUUACGAAAGGAUGCGAAUCUAGGGGCUAAAGAUAUGAUGGAGAAACGAGGGAUCCAAACGGCUGGGGAGUACGCCGCCGUAGAAUCGAAAGAAGACGACGGGACCUCGAAAAAUCCUUUGGAAGAAGAGUCGGCAAAAGUUCGGAAAGUGACGGAUGAUUUACCGCCUGGCACGAAAAAUGUCACCAAACCGACGACGAGAGAAGAUCGUACGUUGCAAACCAUGGUCAGCACGGAGACGAAGACGACAAAGUCGAGUGGGAGUAAGUCCAAAUAUAGCACCGAAGGUAUGAAGUUUCAACGCGUCGAUGCGCCACCGGAUUACGAGAAGCCAAUUUUGCAACCCAAAAGAAAACGAUUCGCAAAUAACCCUUCGUUUGGCAUCACGCGCGCGAUGAUCGAACAAAGAUUCCACAUGCCGCUGCGUGAAGCAGCCAAGGAGGUGGGAGUUGGUCGAACAACCUUCAAAAGAGUCCUUCGCUUACACGGCAUCGAACGAUGGCCGUCGCAAAGUUUAAACGCCAAGAAGUUGACGAUGAAAACGAUCACGUCGUUGAUGUCUUUACCCAUGUCCAGAAUGGAAAACAAUUUGGACGCGCAAACUUUGGAUUCACCGUCCAUGAAUGCGACUUUGGAAGAUAAAGAACGAGACGAGGAACAAAAGAAGCAAAUGGAAAGCCUCUCGAAUGGCAUUUUUACGAAGAACUCCAACGGUACCAACGGAGAAGGUCGGCCAAAAAUUCCAAACAUCGCGUUGAACAACAACAACAUCAUGAAUUUAAUACUCAACGGCGCCGCGGCUGGUAUUUCGCCGGAGAAAAGUAAUUUAUACUCCUUGGGUGGUAACAUCGCUGCGGGAAGUGGGAACAAAUCGUUGAAAACGAGCGACUUGAGAGGUAUGUCAGAUUUGCGAAACUACAACGCCAACGUCAACGCGCUCGCCGAUAACGUCACGUUUGGUUCUCUGCGCGGGUUAUCCGACAACACGUUUAAUAAUAAUAACAACAACACUCGCGCUUGA